AUGGCUCCGGCUCAUCGCUCGGGCCUGCCGGUCCUCGGCGCUCGGCUGGGCAUGCCUGCGGCGCUGCCAUGGAGACGCGCCCUGCGGCCCACGGGCGCCGCCUGGGUCUGCGCCGCGCCGGCCCGGGCCUUGCGGGGACUCCACAGCGCGGGUGACAGCGAGCGCGGGCCGCAGGGGGAAGGGGACCCGGGAGCGGGAGGCGAUGCGGCCGUGCCAUGA